GACUCUUUGGAUGUCCAUCUCCUGCCUGGCCUAGCCGUUUCUCCGCCGGCUGGUGCUCAUAUAAGAGUCGAAGAACCGAGGACGACCCGAUCUCGACUCGGAUGAACCCAUCAGAGGACGUCCCUCAUGGCUUUUCAAGGUAUCAUGGAUUCUUCUACUGGCAAGCCAGUCAACAGACUCGAUCGAAAGGAUUUGGCGUAUCAAUUGUUCAUCGAACUGCUUUCGUACCAAUUAGCGUCACCAGUACGAUGGAUUGAGACACAGCACCACCUCCUUCAGAAAGCGUCUCAAGUCCACCGCUUCAUCGAGAUUGGCCCUCGGACCACACUCGCAAGAAUGGCCAGGAGGUCUGCUGCAGUUCAUCACAGUCACCGUGUUCCAUCGCAGUGGUCACACUUGCAGUUCCUGUCAUACCAGGAUGACCAGGCAAAAGUUCUGUAUGAAUAUUCAGACUCUGCAACAGCAGUAUCUGUCUCAAAGCCACUGGUGUCUGCUGCAGGUCUCGUGUCCACUGGUAUUGCUCCGGAAAGCCGAGCACUAUCGUCAGCAUCAGCUCCUCCAUGCGAGUCUUCUCAUGCACCAAGCGCUAGUGUUUCACUGUCAGCUAGGCAUGUAGUUCUUGCCUUGACAGCCCAGAAGCUCCGGCGUCCUUUUGACCAAGUGCCCAUGGACAAGACAAUUCGUGACCUAUCAGGAGGCAAGUCAACGCUUCAAAAUGAGUUAAUAGGGGACUUGGUAGCCGAGUUCGGUCGGGUCCCAGAAGGCGUGGAGGAUAUGUCCUUGAUGGCUCUGGCAGAAGCACUUCGGGGAGGGUUUCCCAGCAAGCCCGCCCAGAAAAUGUCUGCAUUGAUCUCCAAGUUUGUUUCGAGUAAGAUGCCAGCCGGCUUUCAUCAAAGCUCCGCGCAGGACUACCUGCAAUCGCAAUGGGGUCUAGAUAAGACUCAUUCCAUCGUUGUCAUAUGCUUUGCGACUACAGUGGAGCCACUGUCUCGCUUGGAGAACUCGGAUGCUGCGCGAGCAUUUUUUGAUGACCUAGUCGCCCGAUACGCAGCAUUCGAGGGAAUUUCCAUGGUGCCGGUGGGUGGAACUAAUAAUGCGGGUGCUUUAAUACAAUCCACGGUGGUAGAUGCUGCCGGUCUUGAUGCCCUUCGUAAGGAGCAGCGCGAUUUUCAUCAUAAGCAAUUAGAUUUGCUUGCCAGGCAUCUACAAAUUGAGACGGGAUUACCGACAGCUUUCUUAUCCGACGAGAGAUUGAGCCUGGAAGAGAAGCUCGAACAAUGGAAUGCAGAGUUCGACGAUCGAUUCCUCGAAGGAAUACGGUCUAUCUUCAACCUCAAACAGGUCCGGCAUUAUGACUCUUGGUGGAACUGGGCUCGGGAAGAUCUAAUCCAAUGGCUGCACGAGGUGUCUGAGAGUCCUGUCAGCAUUGCUAUUCAAGGGAUGGAUGAUCGUUUACGCCGCAUCUUAAAUCGGUGGGAGCCAACAUGUACCGACAUUGUCACGGCUCGAUUGCAGAGAGUAUCCCAGCAAACGCGCGCCCGAGAUCUGUCUCGAAUCCGCUGUCUUCGUCCUGUGCUUAACGAGAUCAUGCGGCUGGGCAUGCACGCUCAAUCUGCCGAUCCGGUAUACAUUCACACCCACGCACCUCUAGAGCCUAUAACGACCCUCUCAGACUCUGGGAGACAAAAGUAUGACGAAGUCGUUCGUCGAUUUCGUAGCUACCCAGAUGUUGUCCGUCGAGGGCGCACAGCCCCAGCGACUGCCGAAAUAAUUCCUUUCGUCCAUAUCAAGACGCGCGGUGACGAAGAAUCCUGGAAAUACAAUGCCGAGGCUACUGAACUACUCCAUACCACGAUGGAUGUAGGAGUUUCCACUGGAUACACCUAUUCUGGCAGGGCCGUCCUGGUGACAGGGGCUGGACCAGACUCAAUAGGUGCGGAAAUAAUCCAGGGUCUCUUAGCUGGCGGUGCGCACGUCGUUGUUACCACCAGCCGUGCGGUGUGCAGGAGCGCUGGAUUUUAUCAGUGGCUGUUCAGGAGGUACGGAGCUCGCGGGGCCUCCUUGACACUCCUUCCAAUGAACCAAGCCAGCAAGAAAGACUGCGAGGCUUUAAUCGAAUACAUCUUUAGUCCCGACUCCCCUACCGGCGGAGAUUUGGAUUUCAUAGUCCCAUUUGCCGCAAUCCCACAGACAGGUGAGCCGGACAAUUUAGGCAGCCGCCAGGAGCUGGCACUUCGGGCCAUGCUUGUGAAUCUUCUGCGAUUGGUGGGCCUUGUCCGCCGCGAGAAAGAAAAGCGACGGAUAGACACCAGGCCUACCAUGGUUAUUCUUCCGAUGUCAUGCAAUGAAGGCACCUUCGGCGGUGAUGGCUUGUAUCCGGAGUCUAAGAUCGGGCUAAAGACUCUCUUCAACCGUUUCCACUCAGAAAGCUGGUCGACGUAUAUCACAGUUUGUGGAGCAGUCAUCGGGUGGACCAGAGGAACUGGAUUAAUGCGUUCGUCAAACAUGGUAGCUGCUGAGAUGGAGAAGCUAGGCGUGAUCACGUUCUCACAAGCCGAGAUGGCCUUUAAUAUACUUACUUUGAUGACACCGACCAUGGUGUCCCUGGCAGAGGAGACACCUGUGUAUGCGGACUUGACAGGUGGCUUUGGAGCAAUGUGGAAUAUCAAAGAACAUAUCACGAGUAGCCGCGAGAGGCUAGCUAAAGAGCUUCGCCUACGGAAGGCUCUAGCUGAAGAAGAGGCUCAUCAUGAAACCACGGUCCAAGGACAGCCAGCCCCGCCCAAACUGUAUGAACUCAAGCCGAGGGUCAAACGAGCCAACAUAGCAGUCGGAUUCCCUUCUUUAACAAGCCACCAGGAGUUGACUGCCGGUCUUCUCGAUCUCCACGAGAUGAUUGAUCUGUCGCACACUGUCGUUGUUGUGGGAUUCUCGGAGCUUGGACCGUGGGGAAGCUCUCGCACAAGAUGGGAGAUGGAGCAUCAAGGUAGAUUUUCGUUAGAAGGGUAUGUUGAGAUGUCCUGGAUGAUGGGAUUGAUCAAACAUGUGGAUGGGGAGCUCAAUGGAAAGCCGUAUGUUGGCUGGAUUGAUGCUGAGACCAGAGAGCCUGUCCGCGACGACGAAAUCCCUCGGCGAUAUGACGAGCGCAUUAUCAGUAACUCCGGAUUGCGUUUAAUCCAGCCAGAUACACUCGACAGUUAUGAUCCCUCGCGGAAAGAGUUUAUGCAUGAAGUGGCCGUUGAAGACGACCUGCCUCCAUUUGAAAGCUCCAAAUCGGUAGCGGAGGCGUUCAAGCUUCGCCAUGGAGACAACGUUAAUAUACAGCCAAUCCCCGGUUCGGAGGACUACCGUGUGUCUCUGAUGAAAGGAGCGGUCGUCAUGAUACCCAAAGCAGUUCCAUUCCACCAGGUUGUGGGUGGCAGGAUUCCCAAGGGGUGGGAUCCGCUGCGGUAUGGUAUUCCAGAGGAUAUCGUGCAGCAGGUGGACCUUACCACCAUGUACGCGCUUUGUUGUGUCGCUGAAGCAUUUCUGUCGGCUGGAAUUAAGGACCCCUAUGAGAUAUACCAACACAUCCACAUUUCAGAGUUGGCCAACUGCCUGGGCACAGGCGGCGGUCCUAUGAAGAUCAUCAAGAGCAUGUACCGUGACCGCUACCUCGAUCGACCAGUGCGAGGAGACAUUAUACUUGACCAUUUCCUUAACACAAUGGGUGCAUGGGUAAAUAUGCUGCUCCUGUCCUCCACUGGACCUCUUAAAACCCCUGUCGGUGCAUGCGCUACUGCCAUUGAAUCGUUGGAUAGCGGCUGUGAAGCAAUCCAGUCAGGCAGAUGCAAGGUUGCUAUUGUCGGAGGAUGUGAUGACUACAGUGAAGUAGUUGCGUAUGAGUUCGCCAGUAUUCAGGCUACGGCCAAUAGCACCGAAGAGUUGGCCAAAGGCCGCCUGCCGAGUGAAAUAUCUCGUCCGACAGCCAGCUCGCGCAGUGGGUUCGCUGAGUCCGCAGGCUGUGGCGCGCAAAUACUCAUGACUGCCGAACUUGCGCUGCAAAUGGGGCUACCCAUAUAUGGCAUUGUUGCCUACAAUCAACUUGCAAGUGAUCAAGUUGGUCGGUCCAUCCCAGCCCCAGGGAAAGGGAUUCUCACCGCCGGACGAGAAUCACCGGAGGCUCGAGAUUCGCCAUUGCUCGAUUUCCAUUUCCGACGCAGACGUUUCAACGAUGAGGUGGCUCAAAUUCAAAACCAAUGGCGGGGCGGACGAUUAGCCACGACUUGCCAGCCCGCUGAAGCCGCAAGACAGCGCACUAUGGAGCAGACAGCAAACCUGAGGGUUCGCGAAGCACAACGCCGGUGGGCCAAUGAUAUUCGCUUGCAGGAUCCCUCCAUAUCCCCAAUCAAGGCAGCUCUUGCAACGUGGGGCUUAACAAUUGACGACAUUGAUGUUGCUUCGAUGCACGGAACUUCAACAAAAGCCAACGAAAUCAACGAAGGAGCGGUGAUAAACCUCCAGAUGAGCCACCUCGGGAGACGUAAUGGAAACCCGCUGCUGUGCGUCUGCCAAAAGUCAUUGACCGGGCAUCCCAAGGCAGCUGCGGGUGCCUGGCAGCUGAACGGCUGUAUGCAGAUGUUUCGAGAUAGUAUCGUCCCGGGGAACCGAAAUGCGGAUAACGUUGAUGGGCAACUCCGCCAAUUCGAGCAUCUGGUCUACCUGAUGGAGCCUAUACGAGGAGCGGAGGUGAAAGCAACCAUGCUUACGUCUUUUGGAUUUGGUCAGAAGGGUGCCCUCACACUCAUGAUUGCUCCUAGGUAUCUCUUCGCUGCCGUUUCAGGUGUACAUUUCGAAGAAUAUCGCGCCCGUGUGACAAGAAGGCAGCGGACAGCAAACCCGGAAUUUGUCGGUCGUUUACUCAAGAACUCCCUGGUUCAAGUGAAAUCUGAAGCCCCGUGGAAAGGUCCAGAGGCACUGCAGAGUGUCUCUCUCAAUCACAACAGUCGUUUAAAUGUAGAUCAAUCGGUGUUUAUCCACAAACCGCACGCUGAACGUCAGAGCACCUCUGUUACCAGUGAAUCAAAGCCAAUGGCAGACGAUGGCAAGUCAACAAUGACAUCGGUGCUCACCCAAACUCUGCUGGAAAGUUUGACUCGGGAAUCCGCAUGUUCAUCUACCAGCGUCGGCGUCGAUGUCGAGGAAAUCAUGGGUAUCAACAUCGAAAACCAGACUUUCAUCCACCGCAACUUCACCUCUGCGGAACGUGAGUACUGUUCCAAUUCUCCGAAUCCGCGCGCCUCCUAUGCAGGCCGGUGGAGUGCCAAGGAAGCCGUGUUCAAGAGCCUUCAGACACCCUCUGUUGGUGCCGGAGCAGCAAUGAAUGAAAUCGAGAUUCUACAAACGAAAGGAAUCCCCAAUGUGCUUCUUCAUGGAAACGCCCAAGCGAUCGCUGCUUCCAAGGGUAUUAGCAGCAUCGAGGUGACUAUCAGUCAUUCCGCAGGGACAGCAAUUGCGGUGGCUCUGGCAAUGCGAGGACCGUCAGGCAGACUUGACUGAUCCGGAUCCCAUCGGCAGAGUUAGAGGGUAAUCUCUGUAUUUAUCUACUUGAAUCAGUCCGAAUAGCCAAACGAAGACAACUACAGUUAGACACAGUUAGCAUCCAGUAUAUAGUGAGCAUGGUUGUUGACAGGCCAUGAUUUCUCUCUAGUUGCUCUCGGCUGGCGGUCUCGACGCGUCGCGCCGGAAUGCCACAGCAGUUGGUUUGGUUCCGCGACUUCGCGUUAAAGCGAGUCACUAUUGUAGAUAGCGAUUAAGAUCUGCCACUGGUUCACCUCGUAACGACUCUGAAG